GGAAAUUUUUGCGUAGACGCCGGUAGACCCCAGAUUAUACGACAGUCGCCGCGAAGCAUGGAGGCUGCCGUCGGACCCAGAUGGGGUCUCAAAAACCACAACUGCAGCCGGGCCGGUCGUCGACUCGUCCAAACCCUUCAUAACGGGUUGCCCUCGCCCAUCCACCCUGUGUAGUUGUUCUCAAGAACCGUUCUUCCUUCGUGUCCGCAGGAGUCCUUUUUCUUCUCAUACCACCGCUCUUCAGCCAUUUGGGCAAAGAUGCUGCGUUUGUCGGUUCUUCUGGGUCUCACGGCCGCGGCCAUCGCUGUCGCGCGCCUGUUGUCGAUUGGCCGUCGACCCAAGAACUAUCCGCCAGGGCCGCCGACCCUGCCUCUUCUUGGGAAUAUUCACCAGAUGCCCAAACGCGAUGCCCAUCUUCAGUUCGCCAAAUGGGCUAAAGAAUACGGCCCAGUCUACAGUCUGAUACUCGGUACUCAAUGCUUGAUCGUCUUGUCCAGUGAUGAGGCGGUCAAGGCAUUACUUGAUAAGAAGAGUGGAAUCUACUCGCACAGACAGGAAAUGUAUAUCGGCCAGGAAGUAUGUAGCGGUGGUUUGAGACUGCUGAUGAUGGGAUAUGGACCAAAAUGGCGUGGAUUCCGCAAGAUGGUACACGGGCUCCUCAACGUGACCACCUCCAAAUCCUAUGUGGUUUAUCAGACGCUUGAGAACAAGCAGAUGCUCUACGAGUUCCUCACCGAGCCGGACCGAUUCUUGUACCAUAUCCGCCGGUACUCCAAUGCAUUGACAACUACCAUGGUUUUCGGAUGGCGUACCCCAACUUAUGAGGAUGCGAAAAUGAAGCAAUUGUUCGACGGUUUCUCUGAAUUUGCUGAGAUCAACCAGACUGGAGCUGCGGCCCUGAUUGACUUCUUCCCUUGGCUCAGAAACCUACCAGACUUCCUCCUACCUCUCCACAAGAAGGCUAAGGACCUCCAUAAACACGAGAAGGCUCUCUAUUUGGGACACUGGCUCAAGGCAAAGGAUGACAUCCGAAGAGGAACAAUCAAACCGUGCUUCUGCGUUGGUAUGGCCGAAGCACAGAAGUCUGAAGGUUUCGAUGACGACCAGGCUGCCUAUAUUUCCGGUACCCUCUUGGAGGCUGGUUCCGACACCACUUCUAGCACACUGUACGCUUUCGUGCAAGCUAUGCUCUUGUAUCCUGAGAUCCAACGCCGGGCGCAAAAAGAAAUCGAUGAAGUUGUCGGAGCCGACCGCAUGCCAAACAUGGAUGAUCAGGAUAGCCUGCAAUACAUUCGCGCCAUCAUGAAAGAGACCCUCCGCUGGAUGCCCACCACCAUUCUCGGUGCCGUGCCGCACGCCGUUACUCAGGAUGAUCACUACAUGGGCUACCUCAUCCCCAAGGGAGCCGGUGUCAUGAACAACGUCUGGGGUAUUCACCACGACGAAAAACGCCACCCCAGCCCUCGCGUCUUCAAUCCAGAGCGCUACAUCAACGAUCACCAGAGCCUUGGCGAAUCCGCCGCCAACCCUGACGGCACCAAGCGUGAUCAAUUCACCUUCGGCGCUGGUCGCCGUAUCUGCCCUGGUAUUCACGUCGCUGAGCGCAGUCUAUUCCUUGGCAUGUCCCGAAUCCUUUGGGCUUUCAACAUCGAGCCCGCUUCUGACUCCCAGGGCCGCCCGAUUAUUCCAGACCCGGAUCGUUUGACCCAGGGUUUCGUGUGUAUGCCCGAGGAGUUCCCUGCAAAGAUCACCCCGAGAUCCAAGGCCAGAGCGGACUUUGUGACUCGUGAGUGGAAGGAGGCAGAGAAGGCCUGCUUGGACCCCCAGUCCAAGCAGUGGCUCUUGCAUCCUCUCGAGUAGAGAGGAUUAUUAUGGCUGAAGGCUUUGUCGGUGCCUUUUUCCCCUCAAACUUAACCCCGGAUGUAUUACUGUCGGAGAGAAGAUUACGCUUCUUGUUGCGUACCUCCGAGAAAUAGUUUUACACGGACUACGACGUCGUAUAUGACUCCUUGAGCAUUGUAUAUUAGCACUAUGAACCUCAUGAUAGAUCUCCUUUUAGAUCUCCCUAAUAUUAAGGUGAGACUUGGGAGCUUAUUUACACUCAGAAAUUGAUCCUUAGCUUGUUAGCUUAACCGGC